UAUGGAGAAGCUUCCUUAUUUAGCACAAGGAAUAUAAAACGUAGAUUAUUUGUGAUAAAAUAAUAGGUAAAAGUAUUUCUUACGCGUAGUCUUACUUUAGCCCUCACUUCACCUCCACCAUUAUAUAAUCUUGGGACGACAGAGAACUGUCUGUGCCCAACACAUGGGAAUUGUCUGAAAUCAAUUACCCACGUUUAAACCAUAGUAUAAAGGCUGCCUUUCGUUUGCUUAUUGCCUGAAAAAGAAAAUAAGCUUCUUCAUUCAUUAAAAAGUAAACAAUCCGGUUAAUAGGGUUCGCUCAGAAUCAUAACCCGCCCUUCUUAGUUAACCCGCGUCUCUAACAGACCCAGCUCAUAAUUCCGGAAGGGGCGGGUCCUGUUACCAUGGAAAGUGAGUUCGCUUGUUUACCUCAUAGAAAACAUGGAGGAUGUGUUGGACCUCGGGGAGGCUCCGAGCCGGAGAAGUGGGGUAAAGAUGGGACGUCGAGCACGUGCAUCUCAGGAAAAUCAGCAGGAAACAGCUGAUGCGUCACGGAACCAGCCUGGAAGAGAGGGCCCACCUAAACCUUUGCGGCAAGGAGGAUGGGCAGAUGACUCUUCUGGUCCAUCAAAGUCAACAAAGCGAAUGACUGAGGAUGUUGAAGACAGCCGCCUGAAGCAGCAAAGCCUGGAUGAGUCAGAUGAAGGAGAAGACAUUCCAGUGAUACCAGACCUUGAAGAUGUACAGGAAGAGGAUUUAGCACUACAGGUAGCUUCUCCUCCGAGUGUUCAAGUGAAUAGAGUUUUGACAUACAAGGAUCUGGAUAAUGACCUUAUGAGACACGCUGCCUUCCAGACUCUGGAUGGCGAUAUUGAUCUAAAACUUCUUACUAAAGUGUUAUCCCCAGAACCAGAGGAGAACGUGCAAUGGGACUGGGAUUUACUUUUUACAGAGGUGUCAUCUGAGCUAAUCACAGAAUGGGAUGUGGGGAAGAUGGAAAAAGAAGACAUGUUGAAACCCAGCCCACUAGUCAGCUGAUGGUUCUUGGCUAAAGUUAUUUAUAUGUACAGAAUAAAUAAAUGCUUAAGAAAAUGCUCUAAUUUUCUUUUUUGUAGAACUGAACUGAUGUAAGACUACAUUAUUACUGUAGUUUCCUGUUUCUUUGUCUUAAAAUAUGUUUAGAAAGCAGUGGGCAAAGGCUCUGUUGUUGUACUUUAUGCUGUGGACACACAUAAAUAAUUGUCUAUUUGUUUGUAAGUACGUAUACUCUAAGAUGGAUUUUACUGCUGUUUUAAACUGACUGUUCUUGGUAUUAUGGAGUAAUGUUUGUUCCAUUAAUGUUAUAAUCUACUGCAAGAUAAAAUGAUAUCCAUUAUGUCAUA